CUCCUUUUUCUCGUCUGUACUUUCAUUUUUCACUACUUACUACAGCAGCAACAAUGAUUUUUUCUUCAAGAAUUGUAUAAAGUUCGUUAUCAAAUUUGUUUUUCUUGUUGUUUGUGAAGUAGGUGAAAAAUGACUCACAAGAAGUUCGAACACCCUAGACACGGUUCCUUGCGAGAAAUCUCAAGGAAGAGUGGUCACAUUAGGAAGAGGAGAUACCCACGAUGCCCAGACUGAGUUUGAUAGGACUAAGAAAGACAUAACUUGGGGUGUUAUUUCUCUCCCCCGUAAGACUCACACGGGUUUGAGGAAGGUUGCUUGUAUUGGUGCAUGGCAUCCUACCAGAGUGACAAAUGGUAAGGGUUAUGAAGGUCUUGUUACUCGUUGGGGUGUAACCCAUCUUUCCUAUAAGACUCACAGGGGUUCGAGGAAGGUUGCUUGUAUUGGUGCAUGGCAUCCUGCCAGAGUGACAAAAGGUAAGGGUUAUGAACGAGUUGUUAUUCGUUGGGCUGUUACUCAUCUCCCACGUAAGACUCACAUGGGUUUGAGGAAGGUUGCUUGUAUUGGUGCAUGGCAUCCUGCUAGAGUAACAAAAGGUAAGGGUCAUGAAGGGGUUGUUACUCGUUGGAGUGUUACCCGUCUCCCCCGUAAGACUCACAUGGGUUUGAGGAAGGUUGCUUGUAUUGGUGCAUGACACCCUGCCAGAGUGACAAAAGGUAAGGGUCAUGAAGGUGUUGUUACUCGUUGGGGUGUUACCCGUCUCCCCCGUAAGAGUCACAUGGGUUUGAGGAAGGUUGCUUGUAUUGGUGCAUGGCAUCCUGCCAUAGUUUCCUCCACUGUUGCAAGGGCUGGUCAAAACGGUUACCACCACUGUACUGAGCUGGACAAGAAGAUUUACAACCUCGGCAAAUAUGGAGAAGAUACCUACGAUGCCCAAACUGAGACCGAGAAAGACAUCAAUCCCAUGGGUGGUUUCCCUCACUCCAAUUUCUUUGAGAAGCAGGUUCCUAUUGAUGCUGAUUUCCAUAAGGAUGAAGUGAUUGACAUCAUUGGAGUGACAAAAGGUAAGAGUUAUGAAUAUGUUACUCCUUGAGGUGUUACCCAUAUCCCCCGCAAGACUCACAGGGGUUUAAGGAAGGUUGCUUAUAUUGGUGCAUGGCAUCCGACCAAAGUUUCCUUCACCGUUGCAAGGGCUGUUUCAAGUGCUUGAUAGGCCGGUAACAUUCUCUUUUUAGUUGUACCCAUAAUACUUCUAGUUUGGAUCAUAUAUUCCUUUUCCUUAUCUUAGGUUUUGAUUCAUAAAAUGUUAUGGUUGUUUCCACCAAAUUGCUCUUAACACUCAGUUUAUGACAACAUGCAAAUCUAUUUUAGAAGUUUUUGAAAAUGUUUGUGAUAAAUUGUUAAACUUCUGGUGAAAGCAUUUA